CGCAAAGUAACUUUCUCUUGGUUGCCAUCCGGAGGAAAAAGUUUCAAAACAUCCGAAUAAAAUGCCUCCCAAGGGGAAGAAAGGUGCUCCCGCAGGGAAGGGAAAGCCAAAGAAGAUAGACAAAGAAGAGGAGGAGAGGCGAGCUAGAGAAGAAGAGGAGGCGCGUCUUCGAGCCGAGGAGGAAGAGAGGGAGAGAAAGGAGAAGGAGAAGAGAGAGGCUGAGGAGAGGAGAAGAUUAGAGAAUGAGGAAAGAACGAGAAGGAAGGCCCAACUCCUGGAGCUCAACUCCAUCACUGAGAGCAACGAAACACAGUUACUGAAUAUCCAUGACAAUCGCCGGAAGAAAGCCAAAUGGGCGCGCUACAUGCGAUGUGACGGCUCCCCUGAUCCGACCAUUCCUGGUGAGAUCAACACCUACAUGAAUCUGUGGAGGGAGGACAAUGAGAGAGUGACUAUAGAUCAGGUUCUCAAGGACAGUGAUCUAGCACUUGCAUUGAUAAGUGAGCUGCAGUUCCUCCUUGACGACACACCGGCGAAUGAAAUCACUGAAGCAGAAGCCGAGAGAUACGGAACAACACAGAAUGAUCUGCAGGACUUGCUUCACGAGAAACUGCUCCGAGCGGAACAUGAGUUGUUAUUGGACUCAGCAGACAGAGCCGACCCACAGACCAUGAAUCUACAAACUGUUAUUGAAAAUGAUCUGGUUUCACUUUGUGUGUGGGGAAAUAUUAGCAAAAAUCCAAGAAUAAAGUAUUUUGAAUUCGCCGAUAAAGGUAUUGGCUUUGAUAUCCCCAAGUUGCUAACCAUGACAGACUGUGCCGUCUGCUUCCUAUUCACCAAGUUUGACCACUUCUCACAGAAAUGCAAAUCAUUUUUGCCACGACAGAAAAAGAAGAUUGUUGAGGAAGUGGAGCCCCCUGUGGUUGAAGAAGAAGAAAAGACAGACGGUGAGGAAGAGAAGAAGGAAGGGGAAGGAGAGGAAGAGGGGGGUAUCGAGCGGGAGGAGACCGAGGACGUGAUGGCGUCGCUACGGAAACUGGACGAUGAUGAUGAAGACAAGAAGGAGGAGGAGGAGGUGAAGGUGGAGGAACCAGAGGAGGAGGAGCUCGUCGAUGAUGGUGACAUCAAGACACCAGGGAGAAGCCGACAUCGUAAAGUAUCUGAGCCCCCAGAGUGGGAGGAUUUUGAUGGCGAUGAAGACGUCUAUGACAUGAGAGCGUACUGCGUCCAGGGCGGCCUCUUCCACUUCAACCUUCUGCACAUGCCCCCACAGCCGAAGAAUGCCAAAACUUGGGUCAUGAGGCAAGUUGUUGAGCCACCAAUGAUCUCCCACAUCGAGUACAUGGCAGACACGGUCAACCCCGCGCUCAUCCAACAACAAGAAGACAACAACAAAGAGGGCGAGGAGGGUGAGGUCAAGGCUGUGAAGGAAGAGGGAAAGAAACGUGAUGAGAGGCCACCUAUUGGUGUCAGUAUGAAGCUCCCAGGUGAUGUCGUGUUUAAUGAAGAGCCACAGCUCGGACGGUGGGAUUACGAGCAGAAUGUUUGGAGGAUGGAUGGUUUUACGGACAUUGUUUAUAACGAGGAUAAUCGUGUUGUCCAGUUCAAGACGGCCUUCUACGGUACGAUGUCUCUUCUCUCCGACACGCAUAUCAACAUGCCGUUCCAGUCGUGGGAACUCCGGCCUCGUGGCAUGAAUCACGCACAGUUGACAGUUAUUGCGGCAAUCAAUGAAUGUGAGAUUGAAAUUAAGGACGACAAGUGCUGCCUUAAUCUCCCAGAAGAGGGCGCAGUUGAGCAGCUUGAACACUUACGAAACAAGUGGAUGAUACCGCGAGACUUUAUCAAGGCCAUGAGAGAUUCUGGUGUGAAUAUCUUCCCGUCUGAGGAUUCUCCCAAGUAUGUCAGUAUACAGUCAAAGAAUGUGAUCACAGAGGAGAGACUUUACCAACAGAUGGCUCUGACAUCGUCUGCCAUGGCGUAUUCCUGGUCAAAGUGGAAUGCGGAGGUUGCUGAUAACGAGAAGAUCGUCUUCCAGGGAGCGGAGUGUCUGAAGGACCAGCACUUGUUGGAGGAGGAGUGGGCGCUGUUCUUAGUGACAAAGAAACGCUCCAUGAAGUUGAAGAUGACAGAAUUCGAGGAGGCUUUCUCUGAUGACUAUGCGGAGGGAACCAAUUUCCACGCUGACAUGUACCACAUGGUUCUUGAGCUCGCCUCGGAGGACGCGUUGACCAGGAUACGCGAGAGCAGUUUCAAGUUCAUCGAUUGUGUCAACCAGUUGCUGACAGGAACCAAACUCGUGACUUAUUCAUAGGCGUGUGAAAAGACACUGGACUCAAUGUGGACUUGAGGUGGCGCAGCUAUUUGGGAGUCAUCUUCCAGUUCUGCACUGAUAUUUUCAAAGGGGGAUUAAGGCACAGAGGUGAUCCAUAUUGAUCAACCUGUUACAGGUCACAAGAGACUCGCUGAAAUUGAGAGGUGAAAUUGAGGGACGAAAGGAACAGAAAUGUUCCCUUACAAAAAAUACCUCAGCCGGUGACCAGUCUUGUAUGUGAUCGGUUAGCUAUGUUAAAAUGUCAAUUAUUGUUAUAAUCCGUCCAGUUCAGACUACCAUUCCGAGUACAUUUACAGUACUGUCCACACAUCCACCACCCAAUGCAGUGAAUUUAUUGAAUUUGUAAAUUGUAUGAGAAUAUUUGUUUAUUUUGUUUUGUAAAAUUCUAUUCAAAUAA